GGGACUCGGGACCAGGGUGGCUGCAGGAAAAGCGCAGGACUGCGGACCCCCGCCGGGGCCGGGAGCAGUAGAGAGGGCCGACUCCCGCCUCCUAGAGGCGCCAGCCCGCCCGUCCGCUCUGCCCGCGCCACGUCUCUAUGGCGGCCCCAACGGCCGUCCGGGGCAAGGAGCGCGAUGAGCGAGGGCGCCGACGACGACGGCGGCGCUGGGGCCGCGGCGCGGUCUCCAGGGGGCAGUCCCGGAGGGGAUGGCUUCGCCCCGUCUGCGCUGGGCACCCGAGAGCAUUGGGAUGCUGUCUAUGAGAGAGAACUGCAAACUUUCCAAGAAUAUGGAGAUACAGGAGAAAUCUGGUUUGGAGAAGAGAGUAUGACUCGACUAAUAAGGUGGAUGCAGAAACACAAGAUUCCAUUGGAUGCUUCAGUGCUUGAUAUUGGAACUGGAAAUGGUGUUUUCCUGGUUGAACUUGCAAAAUUUGGUUUCUCUAAUAUUACUGGAAUUGAUUACUCUCCUUCUGCAAUACAGCUUUCUGGAAAUAUUAUAGAGAAAGAAGGUUUAUCUAACAUUAAGUUGAAGGUAGAAGACUUUUUGAAUCCUUCCGCAAAACUGUCUGGAUUUCAUAUUUGUAUUGACAAAGGGACUUUUGAUGCCAUAAGCCUUAAUCCUGACAAUGCAAUUGAAAAGAGGAAGCAAUAUGUGAAAUCUCUCUCCAGGGUGUUGAAAGUGAAAGGCUUUUUUCUAAUAACCUCAUGUAAUUGGACCAAGGAAGAGUUGCUAAAUGAAUUCAGUGAAGGAUUUGAACUUUUUGAAGAGCUGUGGACACCCAGGUUCAGCUUUGGAGGCAGAUCUGGAAACAGUGUAGCAGCACUGGUUUUCCAAAAAACGUGAGACUUUUCAUUGGACAAAUUCAGUUAGCUUUUUUAAAGAAGCUCUACAUCAAAGUAAACCUGAUACAGAAAAUGCAAGUGCAAAUAAAUGUUUAGUAAGUACACAGGAUGCACAUGUUGAAUAGAUAAAAUGGGUUGGUAAAAAAAAUCAUGAGCAUGGAAGUAGUUCGGUUUUAGAGAUCAACCAAGAAUAAUUUAAAUUUUUCUUUUGUAUUUGAGAUGUAAAUAUUUUUCUUUCUGAUUUAAAAAAAUUUCCUGUAACUGCUGAACAGUUAAAAACUUUAAAGCAGUAAAUGAAUUUACAGAUAGUAUGUAUUCUUGACUUUUGUGCCUUGGUAAAGGUGAAUUGAAUAUAGCUAUUUAUGAAUAUAUGACCAAGCUAUUCCAGGGCCAGAAUAAUAAGCCAAACGACUUUCUUAAUGUUUUAGUAGACUAUUAUAAAACAUAGUAAGUAUGAUAUUUUGAGUUGAAUAGGUUUUUUAAAAAAAUUUUUUUAAUACCUGAGAAAAUCCCCUAGCCCUUAUGUGUGUAAUUAAACAAAAUCAGAUAAAUGUAUCAGUUGAUCAAGAAAUAUUUAUUGAGCUUGUAUUUUGUGGCUGAUGAUCUUCUACACACUGUGAGGGAUAAAUAGUAGAAGGAAAGACAACUAAGAGAUACUGUUAUAUGCUGGCACUAGGUUAAGUUGUAUUAUCUUACUAAGUCAUUGAAUUCCCUCAAUAUCUUCUCGAGGCAUGUAUUACUUAUUCCUGUUUCUACAUAUCAGAUAGCUAGUACAAGAUAGAGCCAGGAUUCUUCUCUGGGUCUGACUCUAAAACCUGUUCUCUUCCCCUAGCGUAUUCGCCUCCCAGGUCUAAGUCUCUGCCUUUACGGCAUUUACAGUUCAGUUGGGGAACUAGGACUCGUACGUCGAAAAUUCUGUUAGAGAAGUUGGGCAGUUAUUUUUAGGAGAUCUGCAGCUCCCUGUUAGUGACUGUUGAUCAGUGGACUGUGAGAAUAGUGAGUCAUCCUUCAUUACUUUUCACCAUUUCCCUAUUUGUCUUAAAAGACUUGUGUCAUCAAGAACUGAGCUGUGUCAUUCCUCUGUGAGAGGUGGUGUAAGUUUUAUAUAUAUACACCCUCAGGGAUACAGGGACAAAGAUGUUCUAGUUAGGGGCUGAUUAGCAAGAGGAACAGUU